AUGCCAGACGGAUCUAUCCCAGCCCCUCCACUUGGAAGCUAUGUUAUUAACGAUGAUAACCUCACUGUUGGUCACGUGGUUGAUACCCGUAUCGACAUGGUGAAAUAUCAAGCUGAAACUCCACUCUGGAAACGAGUACAUCAGCACUCGCUCACGCAGAUGCUCUUCAUCUCCGUACAGGCUUUCUGCGGCCCCGCUAUAUCCGACGCUAUCGACGGCCUUGGAGCGGGUGGUCUCGCUACUAUACAAACGAACAACAUCAAAUUUGCUCUUUCCUCGGCUGUUGAAACACUCGCUUGUUUGUUUGGAGGUGUUCUCAUCAACAUCAUCGGGGUCAAAUGGUCUCUUGUCAUUGGAGCGGCUUCUUUUCCGCUCCUUGGGGCUUCAUACUAUUGUAACACUCAGUUCAACAAUCAGUGGUUCCUCAUCGCCAGUGCUCCCUUCAAUGGUUUAGGCUUCGCUUUCUGGAAUAUCUCUGAAGGAGCCUACGUCAUGUCUAUCGCUCCCGAGGCCAAACGUGGUAAAUAUCUGGCUUUGUGGAUUGUUUCUCGAAACUUAGGACAAUUGGUUGGCGGUGCGAUCAGUCUUGGUAAGAACGCUGCAAGCGAUAGCGGUGGAGCCAUUAGCGCAUCCACUUAUAUACCGUUCAUCGCCCUUGAGGCUGUCGCUUUACCUUUCGCCUUCGGUAUUAGCGAAAUGAAGGAUGUCGUACGAUCCGAUGGUACCAAGAUACUGAUUCCUCCUAAAUUGUCCCAUUAUCAAGAGAUGAGAUACAUCUUAAGGACCUAUUCAUCCAAGAUCAUCCUGUGCACGAUCAUCUUUAUCGUCUGGUCAUACUUUUACUCUGGUCCUUGGGGAAACUAUCUGGCCCUUUACUUUUCCGUUCGUGCCCGAGCACUCUCAUCCUUAGUCUGUCCCUUUUUCUGUAUCAUCGGUUGUUUCGGGUUGGGUUACGUCACAGAUCUCAAGGGAUAUACACAGCGUCGUCGAGCUCAAUUCGGAUUUUGGUUAAUCAUUGCCCUCAACGCUGCGGUUUACAUCUGGUCUAUCAUAAUGCAAGUCCGAUUUGUACGCAACGAUCCAGGAGCUAUCGACUGGUCCGACAAACGAUUCCCUGGAGCUUGGCUCCCUUACUUCUUCAUUCAAACCACCGGACCUUUGGCGCAGGUUUACACUUACUGGAUACUCUCAUCCUUUGCGACUUCGGGCCAAGAUAAUGUCAGAUUCUCAGCUGCUUUAAAAUGUAUCCAGAGUGCUGGGAACUGUGUUGCAUAUGGAGUAUCAGCAGCCGGAACCACUCCUUUAGUCGGCAUGAUUCUUAACGUGGCACUCAUGGUAGCUUGUAUCCCGGCAAUGUGGUAUAUCACAGGCAAAACGCCAGAUCGAAUCCCAGCCGAUGUUAUCGCUGAAGAAAUGGCAAGGGCUGAAGAGCAAAAAAGACUCGAUGAGUUGUUGGGUCAAAAAGGCGAUAUCCAUGACGUGGAAACACGAGAGGUUCCCGAGCUUCAUACCUUAGCCUAG